AUGCUGUCAGGUGGUGGAAAAAGUGACCUGGAGCGUCUGGGUGUCUUCAUGGAGAUGAGCUACAUCUCUGUAGGAGACAAGUACUCUCCACCCAACAGCUGUCCGUUCAACGAGUCGGCGUAUCAGAGCCGACAGAUGCAGGCAGGAGUCACGAAACAGCUGUGUGCUCUGCAGAGCGGCUUCUUCGACAAGUCUUUUAAAAGGAUCUUUGAACAUGAGGCGCUGAAUGAACCUUUGAGACGGGCGCGACAGAACCGGAUCCAGCAGGCCAAGAAGAACUUGAGCAAGGCCUUCCUGCCCUGUAACGGGCCUAAGAAGCCCUGUGGUUCAGGAAGUUACUACGGGACUCUGUCUGGACCCAUCCAAGCGUUGAGUGUGCUGUCAGUCCCCCAGAAAACUCAUCGCUCAUCUGGACGCAACAUUCUUACCUCACCCCCCAAGAAAGGCAGCGGUUACAGCUAUCCCAACGUGACCCUGUCCAAACUGGACCCGUACGCCUCUGACCCGUACGACACUGCAAAGGAAACACUGAAGAGGCAGGCAGCGAUCCAUCGCUCCAAGCUGAGAGAUGGCCCUUUCAGGAGCAACUUUCACCCACAAGAUUAUUUCCAACACAAUCCAUAUCGCAGCGACAAGCCCCUCCCACCUGCACACAAGCCCCUCCCACUCCAAAAGAAUGACUUUUCAGUUCCUUUCAAACCUUCGUCUCCCAGCAAACAGAGUGGAGGAAUGAAGGCGGGGACGUUUGGUGCGUAUCCCUCAUAUUCUGCUGAGCCAUACGGUGGUCACCGCUCCAAAGCAGCCAAUCAGGAGCCAGUAUUUUAUCCUGCUCCUGGUCCGAAGAGCACACCUGUCAAGAGCAUAAUCACGUCCAACGUUAACAGGAAGGACAUCCAGCAUAAAAACAGUUCUCAAGUCUUCAUAUGA